GACUGGUAGGAGGGACAGUGUUGGGGGCCUGAGGAAGGAAUCAAGGAUGAAGCUUCAAUGCCCCCCAAGUCUCUGCUCACCCCUGCCAGACCCCCCAUCCUCUAAGACCUUGGCAUCUGCCCCCUGCCCCAGCACUGACCCCAGAGACAGUCUGGGAGUGCCUGUCCAGCUCUGUCUCCCAGCCUGGGGACACCUAGGAGCUAGGCCAGGGCUGUAUCCUCUCUGGGGUCCAGCCUCACCCGGCACAGGGUAGGCACAGUGGUGGGGGUGUGUGUGGCACCAGGAACUAGAUGCCCCAUCCCUGCCCAUCCCCCUGUUCCAGCCCCUAUACACGGUGACUGCUGGCCGGUCCUGCCAGAUGUCUGCCCUGCUGCCCUCCUCCAAGAUGAGCUGUGAUUUUCUUUCUCCCACACCCCACAACCUACCCCCGGGGCUGCCCCCACAGCCUCUACAGAAACCACUGGCUCUGGGCAACAUUGGCCCCAAGGGAGUGGGGAGGACGCAGGUGCAGCAUGAGGUGGGGCCGGGGUGGGGCCUCUGAACCCACUGCGUCCAAGCCUCUCACCCGCCAUCCAGGUGCCCCUGAACCGAGGAACGCAGGCGUUGGUCGUAGGGAGCGGAAGGGGAGCCCCAGGAGACAGCAGCAGCAUGGGCGGGCGACCCUCGAGCCCUCUGGACAAGCAGCAGCGGCAGCACCUAAGGGGUCAGGUGGACACCCUGAUGAGGAACUUCCUGCCCUGCUACCGCGGGCAGCUGGCAGCGUCUAUCCUGCGGCAGAUCUCCCGAGAGCUGGGCCCUCAGGAGCCGGCUGGAAGCCAGUUGCUACGCAGCAAAAAGCUGCCCCGAGUCCGUGAGCACCGAGGACCCCUGACCCAGCUUCGGGGCCACCCACCCCAGUGGCAGCCGAUCUUCUGUGUUCUGCGUGGGGAUGGCCGCCUGGAGUGGUUCAGCCACAAGGAGGAAUAUGAAAACGGGGGUCACCCCCUUGGCUCCACAGCCCUGACGGGAUACACACUCCUGACUUCCCAGCGAGAAUAUCUCCGCCUUUUAGACGCUCUCUGCCCGGACUCCUUGGGAGACCAUACUCAGGAAGAGCCUGACUCCCUCUUGGAAGUGCCUGUGAGCUUCCCGCUGUUCCUGCAGCACCCUUUCCGACGUCACCUCUGCUUCUCUGCAGCCACCAGGGAGGCACAGCAUGCCUGGAGGCUGGCCCUGCAGGGUGGCAUCCGGCUUCGGGGCACAGUCCUGCAGCGAAGCCAGGCCCCUGCUGCCCGGGCCUUCCUGGACGCCGUCCGACUCUACCGGCAGCACCAAGGCCACUUUGGCGACGACGACGUGACCCUAGGCUCAGACGCCGAGGUGCUGACCGCGGUGCUGAUGCGGGAGCAACUUCCCGCGCUGCGAGCCCAGACCCUUCCUGGCCUGCGGGGAUCAGGCCGCGUCCGCGCCUGGGCCUGGACCGAGCUUCUAGACGCCGUUCACGCAGCUGUCCUGGCCGGCGCCUCCGCCGGGCUCUGCGCCUUCCAGCCCGAAAAGGACGAGCUGCUUGCAUCCCUGGAGAAGACGAUCCGCCCGGACGUGGACCAGCUACUGAGGCAGCGGGCGCGUGUGGCGGGGCGACUGCAGACGGAUAUCAGGGGACCGCUCGAGUCGUGCCUGCGCCGGGAGGUGGACCCGCAGCUGCCCCGGGUCGUGCAGACCCUGCUGCGCACCGUGGAAGCCUCGCUCGAGGCGGUGCGGACCCUCCUGGCUCAAGGCAUGGACCGACUGUCCCGCCGCCUGCGCCAGAGCCCCUCGGGCACGCGGCUGCGCAGGGAGGUUUACUCAUUUGGAGAGAUGCCAUGGGACUUGGCACUGAUGCAGACAUGCUACCAUGAGGCUGAACGGAGCCACGGGCGCUUGGGGCAGCUGGCAGCACCGUUUGGCUUUCUGGGGAUGCAGAGCCUCGUGUUUGGGGCCCAAGAUCUUGCGCAGCAGCUCACGGCUGACGCUGUGGCCACCUUCCUGCAGCUGGCUGACCAGUGUCUGACCACGGCCCUCAAUUGUGACCAGGCUGCCCAGAGGCUGGAGAGAGUCAGGGGGCGCGUGCUGAAGAAAUUUGAAUCCGACAGCGGGUUGGCACAGAGGAGGUUCAUCCGAGGCUGGGGUCUCUGCAUCUUUUUACCUUUUGUGCUGAGCCAACUCGAGCCAAGCUGCAAAAAGGAGCUGCCUGAGUUCGAGGGGGAUGUCCUUGCCAUGGGCAGCCAGGCUCUGACCACUGAGGGCAUCUAUGAGGACGUCAUCCGGGGGUGCUUGCUGCAGAGGAUUGACCAAGAAUUGAAAAAGACCCUUGGUGCCAAUGAUGUAUCCUGCACUCUGGACGGCUGCUUGGAGGUCCCAUGGGAACAGGAGGGAGCAGAUGAGGAAACUGAGGCUGAGCGGGAAGGAGGGACUUGUCCCAGGCAGCCAGGCUCUGGUGCCCAGAUCCAGCCACUCUGCCCACCGCCUUCUUGAGGAACAUUCCAGAGCUGAAUCUUCACCCACACCUACCUUGUUUCUAUUGGAUAAAUGUCUACAAGUGGAAUUUCUGGGCCAAAACAGAUGAGCCAUCUUUAGGCCCUUGUAACCCCUGCACCUCCAGAAAACUGUGCCAUUUUAUACUCUGAGCAGCAGCAUUUAUUUGUGAAUUUUCUCCAAGCCUUUAUUUUAAUGUUUUGGUUUUUUUGAGACAGAGUCUUGCUCUGUCGCCCAGGAUGGAGUACAGUGGCAGGAUCUCGGCUCACUGCAACCUCUGCCUC